AUGGCAGCGAUCCUCUCCACCCUCCAACACUCCUCCUCCCCAGAAAAUAUCCACUUCCACUUCAUCUUCACCCUGCCUUCCCUCCACAAAACCAUCCUCCGCUCCGUCCCUUACCUACGUUGCCAGCUCCACAUCUUCGCUCCUUCCCCAAUCCAGGGCCUAAUCUUUACCUCAAUCGGACAUGCACUCGAUUCCUCUCUCAACUACGCCCGCAAUCACCUCCUGACGCUGCUCCCCAACUGCUUAACAAAUGUCCUCUACCUCGACUCCGACCUCAUUCUUGUCGACGACUGA